AUGUCGAUGCUCGCCGAAGCGAUCGUGGCGGGCAUCGACACACCAGAGUGGGAAGCACGUCAGCCGGCGGAGAUGCUGCGGUUCCGGCAACAGGCGCAGUUGUUGGCGUUGCAGUUGCAAUCCCAGAUGCCAGCACUGGUUGAGGGUGCGGUUGCUGGUGCUGCUGUGCGUGGCCGUGAGGCUGCGGACGAGGACUUGAAGGCGUUGCCGAAGGCUCCGCCGAUCCCGCCUGUGACACCGGAUCGGGAUCGGAAGACUCGGGCAGCGAUCUAUGCGGGGCAGCAGGUGCUCUCUUCUGUGACUGCUCGGAUUCCGGGUGCUGCGGGGGAGUUGCAUUCACAGGUCACGACGCAGAUCAUCGCCCGCCAUUCGGGGCAGACUGGUACGCGCCUGGAUGCGGCACAGCAAGCCCUGGACAUCCUCACCAAACGUGGCGUUACCGGCUUCAAAGACGCGUCCGGCCGCAACUGGUCCCUCGCCUCGUAUAUCGAGAUGAAGUCCCGCACCAUCGUCAACCAGGAACUCAUCGACACCCACACGGAACGCAUGUUGGAUCGCGGUCAGAACCUGAUCGUUGUUUCCGCUCACUCGAGGCCGGCGCCGCAAUGCCAACCGUUCGAAGGCCAGGUGCUUUCGCUGGAUGGUGAGACGGGAACAGUGAUUCGGCCCAACGCAACCGGCGGCAGUGCGGUGAAGGUGAAGAUCAAAGCCACCCUGAAGCAGGCUCGUGCCGCUGGCUUCCAACACCCGAACUGUGGCCACGCCGUCUCCGCGUAUGUUGCUGGUGCAUCACGCACGUUCAAGACGGAACCUGAUCCGGCCGGAUACAAGGCCACACAAGACCAACGGAAGCUUGAACGUGACCUCCGUGAGUUGAAGCGUGCGCAAGCCUUGGCGUCGAAUCCGCUGGCCCGGAAAGCUGCACUGGCGAAGGUUCGGGCCCAACAGGCCGCGAUUGAUUUGCAUACGAAGCAGCACAACCUGAAGCGCCGCACACGCCGAGAAAGCCCCAACAUACAAACCGAUACGAAGGAAGCUGACGUGACUCGCUACUUCUACGACACUGAGUUCCUCGAAGACGGCAGCACUAUCGAACUGAUCUCCAUCGGCAUCGUCUGCGAAGACGGGCGCGAGUACUACGCCGUCAACGAAAGCGCCGACUGGCAGAGAAUCCGUAAGGACGACUGGCUGAUGGAGCACGUCGUUCCACACCUACCAUUCAGCGGCGCGGACGAGUGGAAGCCGAAGACGCAGAUCCGCGACGACGUAGCCGCAUUCAUCUGCGGACCAGGUGUUGACCUCUGGGCCGACUAUGCCGCCUACGAUCACGUCGCCUUGGCUCAACUGUUCGGCAAGAUGAUCGACCUGCCGCCGAACAUACCGAUGUACACCAACGACUUUCAGCAGCGCCGACGCGACCUUGGGUAUCUCGAGUUUCCCGAGCAGUCGUCGGGAGUUCACGACGCACUGGCUGACGCCCGACACCUCAAGGCUUGCUUCGAAGCUAUGCAGCCUACGCGCCGC